AUGGCCGCCAAGAACCACCAGAGACCGCCCUUCCGCGCUGAGCACAUGGGCUCGUUACUGCGACCCAAGGCCCUGACCGAGAAGCGCAUAGCCCUAGACGGCAAGAAAGCCGUCGAGAUCGCCGAAGACGAGGAGCUCAACCGUCUUGAGGAAGAAGGCGUGCGUGACAUCGUCAAGACGCAGCUGGGUCUCGGUUUCCACGCUAUCACCGAUGGCGAGUACCGCCGCCACCAAUUCUGGGGCAACUUCUUCCCUGGUCUUGAGGGUUUCGAAGAGGUCGACACGCCGAGCUGGGAUAUCUUCCGCAUGUAUGUCCCGGACAUUGCGGCCUUUAUUGAGAGUGACCAUAAGCCCGGCGAGUCCAUUGUCUGCACAGGCAAGAUCAAGCACAAGGGCAGCACGUAUCUGAGAGAGUGGGAGUUUCUAAAGAACAACAUCCCGCCUGAGCGCGUCAAGGAAGCCAAGCUGACCCUCCCCGCGCCCGAGUGGUAUCAUUUGCGAUAUCAAAAGGGGCAUGCAUACCCCAAAGACGUCUAUGCCAAUGAUGAAGAAUAUUUUGCGGACAUUGCCAAAGCAUACCGUACAGAAUUGGAGGUUCUGUACGAUCACGGCGUUCGGAACGUCACCAUCGACGACCCCAACUUGGCGUACUUCUGCUCGGAAAAGAUGCUCCAGGGCUUCAAGGACGCAGGCGAGGACUCUGACGCCCUGCUACAGUCCUAUAUCAAGCUGUACAACGACUGCAUCUCCUCCCGCCCCGCCGACAUGCACCUUGGCAUCCAUCUCUGCCGCGGCAACUUUGCCUACUCGCGGCACUUCUCCGAGGGCGGCUACGACCGCAUUGCCUCGCGGCUGUUCAAUGAGAUCGACGCCAACACCUACUUCCUUGAGUACGACACGGACCGUGCCGGCGGGUUCGAGCCUCUCAAGGAGCUGCCCGCGCACAAGAACGUGAUCCUGGGCGUCAUCACGUCCAAGUUCCCCGAGCUCGAGGACCUCGAGAAGAUGAGGGAGCGGGUUUUGCAGGCGGCCGACUUUGUGGCCAAAGGCGCGGGCCAGACACGCGAGCAGGCGCUGAAGAGGAUCGGCGUCAGCCCGCAGUGUGGGUUUGCAAGCCAUCACUUGGGCAACUCGAUUUCGCACCAGGAUAUGGUGAACAAGCUGAAGCUAGUGAGGCAGUUGGCCGACUCCAUAUGGCCGGGCGAGCCUUGA